AUGCCACGACUCGCCCAACGAUCCGUAUGGACAUCUCUAAUCCCGCGCUUCCUGCGCGAACGAAGCCCCAAAGACCCGAAGUCGGAAUCGCCCAAGUCGAAAGAAUGGAACCCCGCCAGCUUCUACAUCAUCAUCUUCAUCCUCAUCGGAUCGCAAGCCAUCCGCAUGAUCGCGCUCAAGAACGACUACAAGGCAUAUACGCGCACGACGGACGCGAAGAUCCUGCUACUGAGGGAGGUCAUUGAACGAGUGAAGAACGGGGAGGAGGUGGAUGUGGAGAAGUUGUUGGGGACGGGCGAUGCGGCGAAGGAGAGGGAGUGGGAUGAAGUGCUCCGAGAAAUCGAAGCGGAAGACUCGCUAUGGCAUCGGAAAAACAAAGACUCGGACAAGGAGCCGGAAACGCCAUCGCAGCAAGAAUCGAGGGUACAGGCCGAAUCAGAACACAAGGAGCCUGUGGUGCCUGCGGAAGGAAGUGGACUUGAGGAGCCACCGGCAAACAGCGCCUCGAGGCGGAAACUCAACUUCUUCUAA